AUUAUUUCAAUAGGUGAAUUUGGAAAUGUCAAAGAACAUUCACACUUUUUAACUUGCCCGUAAUCAAUGAGUAUAUGUCUGUAUGUCCUUGCAACAUAAUGCAGUGUCCACUGCUCAGGGAAUACAUUUUAAAAACACCUGGAAAGGCCAAAAAUAAUUUAACUUACUUAGUAACUUAGUAGGUGCCCUUUCUGAUUCACUGCUCCCCAGUUAUCCAUGGGACUGUAUAAAUGAUUUUUGGGUGAAUAGAAUUUCAAUCAACUGAGAUCUGAAUUGCUGUCACAUUACAAAGUUUUUGAGAUUUUAAAAAAUAUCUCAGCCACCUAUACAUUUUAUGCAAGUCUGUUGUGAGUAAUUUAUAGUUUCAUAUGAUUUGAAAACAAUAGCAUUCUGUUUAUUUUCAUUUCACACAUUGUUCCAACUUUUUCAGAAAUUAGUUUAGAGCCCAUUUGUAAUCAACAGCCUCCUUUUGGUCAGCACCUUGCCAUUAAAUUUAAGUAUUCACAGUGUUGAGGGAGUUAUUAUCCCAGCUUCAAUUCAUUCCAUCUUUCAGCCCUAAAAUCUGCAUGUGAAUGAACUGCACUUGAUACACUCAAAUGUAUUCUGCCUCUUUUUACAAAUAUGAUCAGGCAAAAUGAAGUUCACAGAGUUUCAGAGACACUAACACCCUCACGCCCACUCACACAUGUCUGCUAUCCCCAGUACGUGCCUCUUCUAAAACACCGUUAAAUAUUCUUACAAUCGCAUGUUGCCUUCGUCUACCCUGGCAUUGGAUCCUGUGAGGUUUUGGCCCUCACCUUUUUUUUCCUCUUUAGUGUCACUCGAACGGUGGGAAGACAGGGUGUGCAUAUUAACCACCCCGGGGCUAGCUCUGGGGAGCAGAGGGUGGCUAUCUAAAAAUAUCUUGGACUCAUCUGCGCUUUUGGUACUUGGGGUUUUCUGUGCCACAACCCAACUGUUCAAGUCCUUUUAUCAACCGCCAGGAUCUUCACUGGAUGGGGUUAUAGAGACUAAUAACACAUUUUAAGACUUCUCCAUUACUGCGGUCACAGCUGUCUGAUCAUUCAAACCAUUAAAAACAAUUACAGCUAAUUCACUUAGCUGACAGGCUGUCAUCAUGCUAUACACACCAUCAAGGCAUUAAUCACGUUUUUACAGUACAUUUAUGGAGAAAAAAAAUUCUUCUCCAAGUUCAAGAGAAUAAUUAGGCUCCUUAACACAUUUUCAGAUCCAGCUCAACUAACUGGUAAUUGUGACAACACUUACUGGGUGAGCUUUGAUGUGCUCAAACGUUGUCAAGAGGAUUUUAACUUUUCAUCAUGUGAACCAACUUGUAUGAAUUUCAAUUCAUGAACGAAAACAACUUGACUUUGUUGAAAUAAUAGAGACUCAGAAAACAGACUCAGUUUGCCAAACUUUUUUGACCUGCAUUUUAAAAUACCAAAUGACUGUGGUCACGCAGACAGAAUAAAUUAUUCAUGUAAUAUUGUAUAAAUUAAUGUUCAUGACCAUAUCCUUUUUGUCUGACAGUGAAAUUGCCUUGUUACAUCAAAACACUUUCUGACUUCCCACUACAAACAUGGUCAUCGUUUUAAGCCUCUAGAAAUCACAUUAGACACAAAUAAAGAAGUGUGUCGGUGUCUUGGGUGUUGUCCGUUCCCCUGCUCUCCUGUUGCUCACACUAACCUGUAAAUCAGUGAAAUGUACGCGGUGUGGGUGUGACUGAACCCCGUGGCACGCGCUGAGUCGCGCGCCCUGCCCUGCCUUGCACGUUCACCUCAGUGCGCCGUGAGGGUCUGGACCACUUCACUUUCUGAUUGCAGACUUCAGCCUUUGAUCAGACGCGGCUGCUGCGGACAAAGAAACCUAAAGUUAAUAAAGAUUAACUCAUCGGGGACGGAGACCGGAUGUUCUUUCGCCUACACAAUAAAAGCUGCAGAUUUUGCCGUGCGUUAAGCAGCCAUACACAGUGCAGUUGGUACAGGGGCGCAUUGCACUCUCUAUUAAACGUGUUUGCCUCCUCAUUUGAGGUAUGGUUAAUAUUUAAGAGAAUUGCCUUUGCACCUCUUUAAAACUCGCAUGCAUCCUCAUUUUGGUCUGGUCUCGUCAUUAUGAUUUGGAUACAAAUUUAAUAAUGUUAUCCUUUUAACUGCCCUUUUAUACUAUAAUAGCAAUGUAUAUUUGCUAUUAUACUAAUAGCAAAUUGCUAUUUAAUCUAUGAUCUGAACUGACAUUUCGCGCAUAUCACAUUCUAAGACGCGCAUCAGUGGCAGGUUUAAUUUGAAAACGAGCCAGGAUGCACUCCGUUGCUUGAGUCUUGUGCCGUGACAAAAGCAGCUGUGCGCUCCGCUCUCACACAUCCAGCAGGCAGCACUCUUCAUAAAUACUCUGACCAGCGUCACAGACAGUGGAGCGCGCGCCCACGCUGGAUCUACUGUCACCGUUACGCACAAACUUGUAUCGAAACUUGAGCCUCCGCAGAUCAAACUCGCUGGCAAAAGGCAAAAUGGGAUUUUGGGGCAACGCGUGUCGUUUUACGCACUACUCUCCAUUCAUGAUUUACCCGUUAGUAAAGUGGAGAAGAACGUUUGGGCGCGUAAUUGGACUUGGUCGGUGCGUGUGAGCGUGAAAUGAGAAAGCACUACGAUGGUUUUAACAGUGAAUUAACUAUGGGUGCGCACGUUUUGGAGUCCAACUCCAGCGGCAACUUGACCCCAGCUGUGUCCGAGCCUGGGACUGUCUUCCCGGGUUAUCUGGUGGUGAUCCUGUCCGUGCUCAUGGUUACUCUGGUGGUCGUGGUGGUCGCGGGGAACGCGCUGGUCAUUAUGGCUUUUAUUGUGGAUAAAACCCUAAGAACUCAAAGCAACUACUUCUUUCUGAACCUUGCCAUAUCAGAUUUUCUCGUGGGUGCCUUCUGCAUCCCAGUCUACAUCCCAUACAACCUGACGGGCCGCUGGAUGCUCGGCAAAGGGCUCUGCAAGGUGUGGCUGGUCAUGGACUACCUGCUCUGCACCGCCUCUGUCUUCAACAUUGUGUUAAUUAGUUACGACCGGUUUCUGUCAGUCACCAGAGCAGUCAAAUACAGAGCGCAGAGGAACAUGACCCGGCAGGCAGUACUCAAGAUGGUGACCGUGUGGGUGCUGGCCUUCCUCCUGUAUGGCCCUGCCAUCAUCUUCUGGGAGUCUGUGGUGGGGCAGAGUGUCGUUCCACCUCACGAAUGCUACGCUGAGUUUUACUUCACCUGGUAUUUCUUGCUUAGCGCCUCGACCUUUGAGUUCUUUGCUCCAUUUAUUUCUGUGGCUUUCUUCAAUCUCAGCAUCUACCUGAACAUCCAUCGCAGGAACAAGAACAACAGUGCCUGCUCCGAGGAGGAGCCCAAGCCUGAUCCCAGCCCCAGGAAGCACAAAGAGACCGUUGCGUGGUCCGUGUUUUUUGUCAAAACUCGCAAAGUGUCAUCAAGUGAGCCCACUGCCAUCUCAGCAGUCAUUGAGCAUGAUGACGUACUGUCGCCUUCCUCCAGUGGAGAGCCCACCACCUCUCAGAUAUUCUUACAGAGCGAGCGGUUUUCCCCCAAAAGGAAAAACUCCAGGCUGUUUCAACCUACAAAUUCAUGCAUGGUCCCUGGACGAAGGGCACCAGGGUCUCGGCUUUCUCGAGACAUAAAGAUUGCUAAAUCGCUUGCGAUUAUUGUGUGCAUAUUUGGAAUUUGCUGGGCCCCGUACACACUCCUCAUGAUCAUCCGUGCAGCAUGUAGUGGGGAGUGUGUGGAGAACUAUUGGUAUGAGAUGACUUUUUGGCUGCUCUGGCUGAACUCAGCCAUCAACCCCUUCCUGUACCCUCUGUGCCACAGCAGCUUCCGAAGGGCUUUCUCCAAGAUCCUCUGCCCCAAGAGACAAUCAGUCCAGCCUCAAAUCGAGAUACAAUCCUGUUAGAGGAAAUCAGUUGCACUUCCAUUCUUUAUGAAUGCAGUAUUGUAUGUUGUGUGGUCAAAACACUGUAAAAAUACACUGUUCUUCCAUUGAAAAAAAAAGACAGUUUCCGAUAUAAAGGAAAUAUUUGCAUCAAAGACAGUAUUGUGUGAUAGCAAUAAAAAGAGGGAGAAGAAACUGCACUUUUAGUAUUAGUUAAUACUUCAUAAUGAUAGGUUAAGGCCGUUGGCUUGCGUGUCACCUUAAAGAGCAGAUGUAAGUGGGCUUGAUUAAAGCCUGUAUGCUGGAUGUCAGACAUUUUCAGAUCUGCCUUGUUCCUUUUCAAAUGUGCACUCACCUUCGGCAGACAGCAGACAAUCUUUUGUGAGAGCAGUAAUGUACCUAAGGCUUUAUAUGCGCUAAGGCAGACAUCAUUAUGCAUAGGAGAGCAAUUAGCAUAAUUUAGGCUAAGACAUUAUAUAAGUAGUAUGCACACCAAAUUUUCAAAAUGGUGGCUGCUUGUGUGGAUGAAAAAGCACAGUUGAAGUUGACAAUGGCGUUUAGAGUGUGUCUUGCAGCUGCCGUGAAGAAACCACAAGCUGUUGUCUGUAAUGACGACCAAAUUGACGUGAAGGAUUUUAGCCGCCUUGAUUUUUUUUUUUUUUCUUCAAGAUCGCACAAUACAUUCUUGCUAAGAUAAUUACAUUGCUUUCAAGAUUCAAGCUUUUGCAGCAAUAUAGAGAUUAACAUGGGAAACUAUGAAGCACUUAAGUAAAAGAAUAAGCUGUAUUUAUAGACUGACUAUUGCGUGUAAUACAAACAUAGUGGUGUAUCAUUUGUGAAAAAGGCCCAUACAGGGACAGAGUGGAUAUCUGCACUUCUUUAAAAUACUAUAUUGUUCAUGUUGAUGUUUAAAAGUGUACAGCACUAUAAAAAGAAGACAUUUUUGUACAGUAAUAUCUAUGCGAAGAUAGAUUGUUGUGUUCCUAAAGCACAUUAUUUAUUCAAAGAAGUUUUACAACAGAAGCAACUAUAAGCUACUUGACUUGACUUUGUAUAUCUCUUGGCUCUGAAUGUUUGUCAGUGUAAGUAGCCAAAGAAAUAAUAAAGAUGGAAAUGCCUAAGGUUCUGAAAGCUUGAGACUUGAGCGUGUAUGUGUUUACUUUUGAAUCAAAUGUUUUCCAUACUUCACACCUUAAAUCAGUGCACUUUAUAGCCUGGUUCUCAACUCUUUGUCCUUGAAAUGCCCCCUGCUUGUGCCAGAGACAACCUGGGCCCCCUACU